AUGGGUUCGGAGACCGCACCCUCCGCGCAGAAGCGGAGCUCCGUCCCUCUUCCUACCACGGCCGCGAACGGCGGAGCUGGAGGCCGCUCCGCCUCACUCCUCCCCCGCGGGCGGCAGAUCCAGAAGACCUUCAACAGUAUCAAGAUCACCAUCCUAUGCGGCUUCGUCACCAUCCUCGUGCUCCGCGGCACCAUCGGGCUCAGCAACCUUGCCUCCUCCGAGGCCGAGGCUGAGAGCCGUCACCUCAUCGAGGAAACGAACCGGGUCCUGGACGAGAUCCGAUCCGACAAAGAUCCGUCCGACCCGGACAACCAGCAACAAGACGACGACUCCCUCCUACUCAAUGCAACCUUCAGCUUAGGCCCAAAGAUCAGCUCGUGGGACGAUGAUCGCAAGGUAUGGCUCGAGAAAAACCCUAAUUUCCCCAAUUAUAUCAGCGGCAAGCCUAGAAUUCUGCUGGUAACAGGCUCGCCUCCCGGCCCGUGUGAUAACGCGAUCGGGGAUCAUUACUUGCUGAAAUCCCUGAAGAACAAGAUUGAUUACUGUAGAAUUCAUGGGAUUGAGAUUGUUUACAAUAUGGCCCAUUUGGAUAAGGAGAUGGAUGGAUACUGGGCCAAGCUGCCAUUAAUACGCCGCCUAAUGUUAUCUCAUCCUGAAGUCGAGUGGAUAUGGUGGAUGGACAGUGAUGCCCUGUUUACAGAUAUGGCAUUCGAAAUCCCAGCUAGCAGGUAUAAAGACUAUAAUUUGGUCAUCCAUGGUUAUCCCGAUUUGUUGUUCGAACACAAAUCGUGGAUCGCGUUAAACACGGGCAGCUUCUUGUUGCGUAAUUGCCAGUGGUCAUUAGAUUUGCUUGAUGCUUGGGCUCCAAUGGGCCCUAAAGGCCCGAUCCGUGAGGAAGCGGGCAAGAUCCUGACGGCCCAUCUCAAGGGCCGGCCCGCAUUCGAAGCGGACGAUCAGUCUGCAUUGGUAUACCUUCUCCUUUCUCAGAAAGACAGAUGGAUGGAGAAGGUUUUUAUCGAGAACACAUUUUAUCUGCACGGGUUUUGGGAGGGUUUAGUCGAUCAUUAUGAGGAUAUGAUCGAGAAGUACCAUUCGGGCUUGGGUGAUGACAGGUGGCCGUUUGUGACCCAUUUUGUCGGUUGCAAGCCGUGCGGGAGUUAUGGGGAUUAUCCGGUUGAGAGGUGUUUGAAGAGUAUGGAGAGAGCUUUCAACUUUGCGGAUAAUCAAGUUUUGAACUUGUAUGGGUUUAGGCAUAAGGGUUUGGUGAGCCCAAAUAUAAAGAGGAUUAGGAAUGAAACUACUUUGCCUUUGGUAAAUGUGGACAAGUUUGAUAUUCGGCACCAAAGUAGUGGGAUCUAA